AUGGAAACUGUUGAAGGUCAAGCAGAAAACUUUUUUAAAGAAGGAAAAUAUGAUCAAGCAAUUGAAAAGUAUAGCCAAUUAAUAAUAGCAAAACCUUCCUGGCUUGCUUUUAAUAAUCGAGCUUGCUGCUAUAUGUACCUAAAUAAGUGGCAAGAAUCUGAAAAAGAUUUUACUGAGUCAAUAAAACUGCUGAAAAUUUCUCAGCCUUUCGAAGAAGACCAAUAUUACAAAUCUCUCUAUAGAAGGGCACAGAUUUAUGAAAGACUUUCAAAAAUUGAUCAAGCAAUUGAUGAUUUGCAUAAAGUAAUAUCGUUUGGGAAAAAAUGGAAUUUAAUUCCCUAAGAAGGAUUUUUUUUAAAAAAACAAUAAAAAUUAAAAAAAACAAUAAAAGAUAAAAAAAAUAAAAGAUAAAAAAUUCAAAAAAAUGGAUUAAGAUCAGAAGCCCAAGAUAUGUUUUCUCGAUUAAAAAGCAGUAGUAGCAGAGAAUACGACGAAGCAUUACUGGUGUCUGAAAGAGAAGAGUUUUUAAACAUUUUUAGAGAAAACAUGGCAAUUCAUCCAGGCUCAGAAUGGCACGUAGUCAGCAAUGCGUGGUUUCAAAAUUGGCAAGCCUAUGUGAACCUUACAGUCAGAGAUGGCAACGAAGACUUGCCCUUUAAUUUCAAUAUUGAAGGAAAAGUAGAACACCCUGGAACUAUUAAUAAUAAAGACAUCAUAGACAGCGACGCAACGAAUGCUACCAUUUCAGAAAAUCCAACCUCAACUAAUAAAAUCUGCUUAAAGCCAGAAUUAAUAGAAAAUGUCAAUUAUGUUGUAUUGCCUAGAGAAGCAUUCAAAUUUUUAGAAGGAAUUUAUCGGUGUGCCAAUGAUAUUAAGCGAUUCGCGAUCGAAGUCAAUGACUCGAUUUAUCAGGUAGAAAUAUUUUUAAAAAGAGUAAAAAUUGGGUUUCCGAGCUUAAUGACUCUGGAUAUUGGAUUUAUUAAUAUGAGCAGGAAAGAAACUAUAGCAAACCUUAAGAAAAGCUAUUUGAAUUAUAGAGGAUCUUCAAUAAAUGCGAGGGUUUGGAAAGUAAAUUUAGGCUCAAUUUCAUUAGAAAGGCUACAAGCAAUUACUGUAUUAAAUAGCAAAGUUUAUAUAGAAGGAGGGAUGAUUGUUAAAGAAGACUUGCAGCUAGAUGAUGCAGAAAUUGGGGAUGAAGACAUCAUUUUGAUAGAGCCAGCUAGAAAUUGCGGCUUCACAUGACGCCUAUUCCACAACGACUUUUUUUAGCCUAUUUUUUUGUCUAAAUUUUGAUCAUUUGUUUUGGACCUAGUUAAUUUUUUUGGCCUAUUUUUUUGAAUAUUGUAUUACUUAAUUAUUUUUGAUUAAUGUUUUAAGUGCCUAAAUCAUUAUUUAAUAUUAAAUAAUGUAUAAUCUGUUAUCGUUAUUUGCAGAUUUUUGAACUUUACCACCUAAGUAUGGAUUUUUUUUCCGAGUGUGAAAAGGUGUUUUUCACGUGUGGAGCCCUUUUGAUUUCACAUGUGGAAUCCUCUUUCACACGCGGAAAAAAUUCCACGCUUAGGUGGUAAAGUUUUAAAAAUCUGCAAAUAACGAUAUGCUAUAUUUUUCGACAGAAUUAGACAAAGAAGCUAAAAAAUUGGGCAAAAAGACCCAAAAAUAGACAAACAAUGGGAAAAGCAGUUAAAAAAUUUAGGAUAAAAAAGUCUUUAUGGUAUAUGUGCCAUUUGAAGUAGCCACUAGAAAUGGCAUCUUUUUAUUUUCAGAUGACCCAGCCAUAGCUGUCGAUAAAUGCGUUUUUUGCCAAAAAUCAGGAAGCGCUAAUAUCAAAUUUCCCUUUUUAAAUUGUCUAUUAAAAUUUAAUCGGCCAGAAAACCAGGCAAAUUAACGAAAAAUAUUAUAUAUCAUGCAGUUUAUGCAAAAAAGUAAAAUAUUGUACAGCCAUCUGCAAACGAAAGCACGCCGAAGAGCACAAAGCCAACUGCAAGCAGCCAAAAAAGCUCAGCAUUUUCAGAUGCUUAUGCCGACACUCAGAAAAGCUAGAAAAUUACGACGAAGACGAAGUAGUAGUCUCUGCACAAAGGCAGAUAAUAAGAAGCAAAAACACAGCUACUGGCCUACAGAAUUUAGGAAACACUUGCUUUAUGAACUCUGCUUUACAAUGUUUAUCCCACACCGAAGAAUUAACUCGAUAUUUCUUAACCAAUGAAUACUCCAGAGAAAUCAACAAAUCCAACCCACUCGGGACUAAAGGAAAAUUGGCCACUGCUUAUGCCGAACUUUUAGAAAAUUUGUGGAAAAGUGGUGCCUUAUCAUUUGCGCCUUGGAAAUUUAAAAAGACUUUAUCGUCAUUUGCUCCUCAAUUUGUAGGGUACCAUCAGCAUGAUGCUCAUGAACUUUUGUGCUACCUUUUAGAUGGGCUUCAUGAAGACUUAAAUAAAGUCAAGAAAAAACCGUAUUUUGAAGAUGUGGACGAUAAAGGAAAAUCUGAUGAAAUGCUAUCACAAGAAAGCUGGGAUAGACAUAUUGCAAGAAACCAAAGCAUUGUGGUAGACUUGAUGCAUGGCCAAUACAAAUCGACACUAUUCUGCCCUACUUGUAAAAAUUAUUCACAUACUUUUGACCCUUUUAACUCGAUAUCUCUUCCUAUCCCUCAGCCUCAAGAACGAAAAUUGCUAUUUUACUACAUAAAAUCAAGCCCAAAUGAGCCUCCUUUAAGAAUGGGUUGUGACGUGUCAAAUGAUUCAUCUUUAUCAUAUGUCCGGCAUUCAGUAGCUAAAGCCUUAAAAAUCCCUCAAAAUUCUUUUCUUUUUAUAUCUAUAGUAAAUGACGUGGUCAGAGAAAUUUUGGAUGAUGACAGAAAAAUCGAUACAUUAAAAUCCAUCACAUUAUUUGCGUUCCAAGAAGAAGACUGCACCAUAAAACUCCCUGUAGAAAUGCAGAUUACAAAAGAGAGGCAUAAAAACAAAUUUAUUGCUUUCCCCAGAAUAGUUUUUAUCCAUAAGUCAAAUUCUUUUAAAAAUCUUCAUUUGGAAGCUUUUAAAAAAGUCAAAAUUUAUAUAGAAAAAUACAAAGAAAUUGCCCCAAAAAAUACUCAGGCUUCUUAUGAGAAAUUUAUACAGAGUCCUGCGUAUAGAUUAUAUUUUAGUGUUAAAAAAGAUUCUAACUGCCCAUUGUGCAAAGAAUCCUCAUGCCCUGGCUGCCAAGUGCCUUAUUCUACAGAUCUAAUCGAAUCUCUGCAUAUUAAGGGGCGGAUUAUUAUUGAACUAAGAUGGAAAGAAGAUUGCAAUGAUUUAGGUGUAAAUUUACAAGAUAUCCUGGCUUACAAUUUGUCUACAAAAUAAAAAAAAUAAUUAUUUUUAAAAUUAAAUUCAGCCAAAAAUAGCAUAUAAAUAGAUGCUCAGAACAUCCAUCAGCUAGUGAAGAAAGAGUUACAGCAAGGCCUCCAAUCAGCAUAAAUGAGUGCUUUCACAUGUUCAGGAUCCCAGAAGAGCUUGAAAAAGAAAACUCAUGGUUCUGUCCAACAUGCCGCACACAUGUUCAAGCUACAAAACAAAUGGAGAUCUACAAGGUUCCACCAAUUCUGAUUAUCCACUUGAAGCGCUUCAAAACUCAUGGAUAUUAUAGAGAAAAACUCUCAACAGUUGUCACUUUUCCAGACCAAGGACUUGAUAUUAGUGGCUUUGUAAUUGGACCUGAAAAGCCGCCUUUAUAUGAUUUGUAUGCAGUUUCCAAUCAUUUUGGAAAUUUAGGUGGAGGGCAUUAUACAGCGACGUGCUUUGACGUUGAGCAAAACAAGUGGCUUGAGUUUAAUGACUCUAAAGUGACAGAAGCGACAGAUAUUGGAACUGCGUCAUCUUAUUUGUUGUUUUAUAAAGCUAGACCGUAA